AUGGUUACCCACGGCCCUCACCCAUUUGAUCCAAUCUCACCCGAGGAGAUAAGACUUGCCGUCAAGAUCCUCGAAGCCACCUUCCCUGGAGUCUCUUUGCGUUACAAGCGCAUUGAUGUCAAUGAACCCAUCAAGAAGGAUGUGAUCGCAUACAUUGAAGCAGAGCGUCUCCGACGGCCACUGCCUUCACCCCCAGCCCGUCUCCUCUAUGUCCUUUUCCAUCGUCUGGAUACAGGUGCCUUCUACAAAGCCAUCCUCAAUGCCGAUAAACGCUCCAUCGUGUAUGCCAAAGAACUCCCAAAGGAGGUCCAGGGCCCCAUUGAUAUCGAUGAAAUCGCCGGUAUCGAGGAGAUGUGCAUGAAACACCCAGCAGUUCUUGCCGAAAUCGAGAAGUUGCAAUUACCCGCAGGUGUGACGGUCUGCAAUGAUCCUUGGAUGUACGGCACAGACAACGAUGACGAAGAUCGACGUCUCUUCCAAUGCUUCAUGUACAUGGUCGAAGUUGACCACCCUCAAAAUAACCACUACUCUCUGCCCUGCAAGUUCUCGCCAGUGUUUGACGGCCUGACCCAUGAAUUGGUCCGUAUGGACUACCUCCCUGGUGGGGCUGACUUCGAGACUUCCACAACCCAGCCCUGGAAGCCUGUCAAGACGGUGCAGUAUGCUCACGAUCUUUUGGAUGAGCCCGUUCGCUCCGAUCUCAAGUCUUACAUUGUCCAACAGCCGGAGGGUCCCUCAUACUCCGUUGAUGGCAAUUCAGUGUACUGGCAGAAGUGGCGCUUCCGCGUGGGUUUCAAUGCCCGCGAAGGUUUGGUUAUCUACAAUGUCACCUACGAUAAUCGCAAUCUCUUCUAUCGCCUGGCUGUCUCUGAGAUGACUGUUCCAUACGGAGAUCCUCGCGCUCCUUAUCACCGCAAGCAAGCGUUUGAUGUCGGCGAUACUGGCUUUGGUAUGAAUGCCAACCAGUUAGCAUUGGGAUGUGACUGCCUGGGUCACAUCAAAUACUUUGAUGGAUACCGCAACGAUUGCAAGGGUAACCCCUUGCAAUUGAAGAACGUGAUCUGUAUGCACGAACAGGACAAUGGUUUGCAGCACAAGCAUACCAACUACCGUUCGGGCGCUGCAACCGUUGUGCGCAACCGCCAACUUGUCCUGCAGAUGAUCUGCACUGUGGCCAACUACGAAUACAUCUUCAACUACAUCUUCGAUCAAGCAGCCAAUGUCGAAUUGGAAGUCCGUGCUACCGGUAUCCUCUCCACCGUGCCAUUCGACAACGAGAACGGACAAACCGUUCCAUGGGGCACCAAUGUUGGCCCAGGCGUUAUGGCUCCUUUCCACCAACACAUGUUCUCGCUCCGCGUCGACCCCGCCAUUGAUGGAUUCAAGAACACUAUCUAUUAUGAAGACAGUGUUCCCAUGCCAGAAGACGAGAAGAAUCCUUACCUCGUGGGCUAUGUUUCCGAGCCCACAGUCAUGCGCACAUCAGGCACAGCCAACACCAGUGUGGAUCGACACCGUGUCUUCAAGAUUCGCAACGACAACGUCGUCAAUCCCAUCACUUACAAACCCGUUGCCUAUAAGCUUAUGGCAGCUCCCAGCCAAAUGCUUCUAGUCAGCAAGAACGCCCCAGGCUACCGCCGCGCCGAGUUUGCCACUAAGCCUAUCUGGGUGACGAAGUAUCAAGACGAUGAGCUGUACGCUGCAGGAGAGUUCACCAACCAGAGUCGCCGCGCCGAGGGUGUCGAGACUUGGGUUCAGCGCAAGGACAACACAGAGAAUGAGGAUGUCAUCUUAUGGCAUACCUUCGGUCUCACUCACAACCCUCGCAUUGAGGACUUCCCCGUCAUGCCCAUGGAGCGAAUCAGUGUCAUGUUGAAGCCUGACGGCUUCUUCAACAAGAACCCUGCUCUCGAUGUCCCGCAAUCCUCUCAGCUGUUCAACAAGUCUUCUCUUCACCCUGAGGAAGCUGCUUCUUGUUGUGCUGGGUCUUCUUCGGCUGGCACCAAGGCCAAGUUGUACAAGCGGAUUGACUAA